AUCGCGAAGCUGUGUUCAGCACGGACAGCCAGCACCGCACGACCCAGCGCAGAGCGUAACUGGCCCCGCCGAGGUAUUUCCAUUUUCUCCCUUUUUUUCCGGGCGAAGAAGUGCGGACCGAUGGAGAGCCCUGACGUCACCAUGCCAGGUAGAGAGUGAAGGGAGCUUUGGGUCGUGAGGAGGAGGGGAGUAACACUGCGGGUGUGCUUCGGGUGGCCUCUCCAUCGCGGUGAACACCUUUCGGGCUCGGAGCGCGCUCGGACGCACGUAUGAUGAUGGACGGCUGGCUGCCGCUGCUGCUGCUUGCUGUCCUCGCCAUUGCGGGAGGCGGCCUCGGGGCAGACACAGAGGAGCGGUUGGUGGAGCAUCUCUUAAACCCCGCCCACUACAACAAACUGAUCCGUCCCGCCACUAAUGGCUCCGAGCUGGUUACCGUGCAGCUGAUGGUGUCGUUGGCUCAGCUCAUCAGCGUGCAUGAAAGAGAGCAGGUGAUGACCACCAAUGUCUGGCUAACGCAGGAGUGGCAGGACUAUCGUCUGACUUGGGUCCCUGAGGAGUUUGAUGGGAUGUUGAAGGUCAGGCUGCCCUCAAAACACAUCUGGCUGCCUGACGUGGUGCUCUACAACAAUGCUGAUGGGGUGUACGAGGUGUCGUUCUACUCUAACGCGGUGGUUUCCCACGAUGGCAGUAUCUUCUGGUUGCCUCCGGCAAUAUACAAGUCAGCCUGUAAGAUCGAGGUCAAGCACUUCCCCUUUGACCAGCAGAACUGCACGAUGCGCUUCCGCUCCUGGACCUAUGACCGCAACGAGAUCGAUCUGGUUCUCCGUGCUGACGUGGCUAGCAUGGACGACUUCACGCCCAGCGGCGAGUGGGACAUCAUCGCCCUGCCAGGCAGACGAAACGAGAACCCAGCCGACCCCACCUACGUGGACAUCACGUACGACUUCAUCAUUCGCAGGAAGCCCCUUUUUUACACCAUCAACCUCAUCAUCCCGUGUGUGCUCAUCACCUCGCUGGCAAUCCUGGUCUUCUACCUGCCCUCUGACUGUGGAGAGAAGAUGACGCUCUGCAUCUCUGUGCUGCUGGCUCUCACUGUGUUCCUGCUGCUGAUCUCAAAGAUCGUCCCCCCCACAUCACUAGACGUCCCACUCGUGGGGAAGUACCUGAUGUUCACUAUGGUCCUGGUCACUUUCUCCAUCGUCACCAGUGUGUGUGUGCUCAACGUACACCACCGCUCGCCGACCACACACACCAUGCCCCCUUGGGUUAAACUGGUGUUCCUCAACAAGCUUCCUGCCUUGCUCUGCAUGCGCCAGCCCAGAAACAGCUGUGAGCGCCAGCGGCUGCGCCAGAGAAGGAGGGCCCAGGAGCAGAAGGAGGGUGGGCGCAGCGGAGAGGCGGGGGCCUUGAUGGUGGGGCUCGGGCUGGGCAACGCUGGUGGGAAUGGAGGGGGAACCUCCACAGGGGUGUUCAGCAAGGAGGACAAUGAGCCUUGUACCUGCUAUGUGAACCGGGCGUCCGUUAAACAGUUUGGAGGGGAUCUGGUAGGAGCGGGUGGGGGGUCCACGGAUGGUCUGAACAGGGUGAGGGAGGGCCGGGAAGGGGGCUCUGGAAACCUGCCACGGGGGAAGCAAGCAGCAGGAGGUCCUGCUUUGACUCAGGCCCUGCUGGCUCAAGCCUGUCCGGGCUUUGAGGAGGCGGUGGAAGGAGUUCGCUUCAUCGCCAACCACAUGAAGAGUGAGGAUGAUGAUCAGAGUGUGAGCGAGGACUGGAAGUACGUUGCGAUGGUGAUCGAUCGCCUCUUCCUGUGGAUCUUUGUGUUUGUGUGCGUGUCCGGCACCCUGGGCAUGUUCAUGCAGCCGCUUUUCCAGAAUUACACAGUCAAGACCAUCACCAGCUCGCCAGGCUGACCAUUCCCAGGCCGAGAACAUGCUGGCCUGACAGCUCCCCAGACCAAUCAGCACAGCAGGACAAGGGCCGGGGGGGGGGGGGGGGGGGGGGGGGGUGUCUGGGUUUUAUUGUGUCUAUUGAACUGGAACUGAACAGCAAUCACGCCCAUUACCUUUAUAGUAAUGUUUUUUGCAACAAACAAACUGUUUUUCUUGGAUGAACAAAAAGGAAAACACCAUCAUACUUUUACCUGAAGUUUUUUGUCCAGAUGUUUAAUGGACUGACCUCCCCUUUCUGGUGGAAAGGUCCUUCCCUGCUCUCCUCUUCAGCCAGUCAGGGAGGGAGGGAUGCUCUGAUUUUCUCUUUGUUGGACCUUACGCCAGCCCAUCAACACUCUCUGCUCGACGCCGACUGCUUAAUUGACACAUGACAUGCCCGCCUUCAACUCUGACAUUACUCAUCCUCGGUAUUGACUGACGUCAGAGGGAGCUAAUCAGAAAGGGAAGGGAGGUUCAUACCAAGGUUCUUAAACAUUUAUUUAAUUUUUUCAGAAAUCCACUACGUCAGUGAGCUGAUUCAGUAUAUUUUAUCAUAGCAUAGCGGCUUACCACAGUAUAGCAUUAGGAAUAUAUUAUUAAGAUUUCUCUAUGUGUUAGCUCAUGCAAGGGUCUGUUGCUGAUAGAGAGGCUAUGGUGUGUUGUAUGAUUGUAUAGAUUAAACAAGAAUGUGAUCAAAACUGUACUACACAGCCUGUAAUGUGCACACCAACACAAUAUGUGUACAAGCAACAGAUUGUGAAGGGAAAUACAUAGAGGAGACUUGAAUUAUUCGAUUUGCUUUUGGUGGCAUUAUUCGA